CUGGCUGGGGCCUGGCCAGCGGGAGCUGUACCGGGACGUGAUGCUGGAGAACUACCGGAACCUUCUCUCACUGGGUGAGGCCCCGCCCCCAGCCUUCCCCAGGGAGAGGAGUGAUGCCCUGUCCGCCCUCUUUUCACUUAAACGUGGGCGUCCGCUGGUGCCUUCGGUGCCCCACAGCUCCCCUCAUCCGUCCCGGUGCCUGGCCUCUCUGUCUGUCUGUCUUUCCGUCAGCUCGUCCUGGAGUCACAGCAUUCCGGAAUGUUCCUGAAAAAGGGGUGUACUUCCGCCUGUGCCUGCCCUUUCUCAUGCUUCCCUCCCAAGUGAUCUCCCCAAGUCCAGCGACUUCAGCUUCCACUCUGGAAUCCACUCUGGAAUCUCUGACCCCACGUGCCUCCUGGACGGCCUCCCAGUCUGUAGGUUCCAGCGCAGGCUCAACAUCUCCGCAGAGCACACAGAUGCUGUCCCUGAUACACAGUGGCAGGCUGAAGGCUCCAUCCUCGGCUCUCCUGACACCCUUUCACUGGACAACUUAUCGGAACCUUGACUUAAACUUCUGUGUGGGGGUCCCCAAGACCACCUCCCGGGUCAGUGAUUUGCUAGGAGACUCAGGACUCGGCAGAGAGUCGUCCUCACAGCUGAGAUUCAUACAGCGGAAGGAUGCAGUGGGUUCCCAGGAGACCAGGCCCGAGCUUCCAGAGCCUUCUCCCCGCAGAGUCGCCCGGGAGGUGCUGAACUCCUCCAGCAGCACGUUGUGACCACACACGUGUGAAGUGCUGUCCUCCACGGACGCUCGUUAAGAGACCCAGUGUCCAGGGUGGUUGCUGGGGGCUCACUCAGGGACCCUCUGCCCGGCGCGUACCCAGCUUCCAGACUCCCGGGAGGCAGUAGGUGUUCGGCAUAACUCCCAUUGUUUAUAUGGACAGCUUAGGCAGAGUGAGGCCCCCUUAGUUAGGGGAUGGGGGGAAUCCCCCAAACUAGUGCCCAGGGCUGGCAAGCUGGCCUUCCUAAGGAGAGCCGUCUGCGGUCUGCUCUGCUGACUCUUCUCAACUUCCCUGGACAGGAUGACCUCGUCGGUCUGUCCCCAAGCUCAGCCUUGGGCAGCCAGCGUCCCCCGGGGAAGGCCCCACACCCCAGGUCCCAGGCGCCCCAUCUUGGGGACGGUCCCCCACCCACCUGGUCACCGGGCUGUCUCUUGAAUCUGCUUCAUACCCUGUGUGGUCAGAACCCUGAACCCCUCAAUCCCACCCCCUCCUGCUCUCUCCCUUCCUCACUCUCCUCCGUGGGGCAGGGGGAGGUGGGUUUUCAAGGCUGCGGCAGCUCGUGUGUCUGCUCGGGGACCCGCCAGUGGGGAGGGGAGGAAUGAUUGACUCCAGAGGAAGCAGGUGAGAUGGAAGGAGCCGCUGAGAGGGCGAGCUCGGGGCAUGUGGGAAGAUGCAGGGUGGUCCCAGGACCCCCGGUGAGGAAGGGCGGACUCGACCACCCCGAGGUAUCCUCAGGCGGGCGAGGAGGAGAAGCUGGGCUGGGGAGGGAAGAAACGAGCAGAAACUCAUCUUGGAGAGUUGGGGAGAAAAGAUGGGACCGUGCACGGCGCUUUUGGGCUCCGAGGGGAGGUGAAAUGCUCUCCAGCUUGGGGAGCGGCCCUCCGGCCCCCGGGGUGCCUGCGCGACAUGCACGACAGAGGAGGGCGGCUGGGUCUGGCUGCUGUUGGGGGCCACUUCGGU